GUUGUUCAGUUUGUAUCGAAAUCAAGUGUUUGCGUAAGUCGUGUCAUCGAAACGGGUUCACUGAUAAAUCAGAAAUCGUUUUUUCUUUUAUUACAUAAGAACCUGUUCGACGCUCGUGCAGACUCAACUGUAGACGGAGUUUAGAGCGGUACCGUUGUCCAAAACAUUACGAUCCCCGUCAGUAAUUGUUUAGCUUUGAACUAGACAACAUCGUUCUCCACUUUCUUCGGGGUUCGUCAAAGCUGGGUCGGCGUUCCCUUCAUCGUUAGUACAAACAUAUCGAAAGAUCUCGUCGGGACCGAUCUAUAUCUCGAACAUGAAUUUUAAACUAAACACGAAUUUGUUUUCGCCGCUAAUACGACAAAUACCACGAACGCUUUACGAAAAAAGGAAUCUGGGGACGAGUGCGUCGCGAUUCAAUGUCUGUUCCGCACCUCUAACAGAAUUUUCAGAUGACGAACUCAUGAUGAAGGAAACUGUCAGUAAAUUGGCAAAGGAGGAAAUUACACCAAUCGUGCGAAAAAUGGAAAAGGAAGGCAAGAUAGACGAUGGUCUGGUACGAAAGCUUUUUGAAAGUGGUUUAAUGGGCAUCGAGAUUCCUGAAAAGUAUGGUGGGUCUGGAUUCAAUUUCAUGGCGACGAUUUUAGCAGUCGAAGAAGUGGCGAAAGCUGACGGGGCUGUUGCGGCCCUAGUCGACAUCCACAACACUCUGGUGAAUUCGUUGAUUUUAAAAAUGGCCACGGAGGAACAGAAAGCGAAAUAUCUGCCGCAAUUAGCUCAAGAUCACGCGGGUAGCUUUUGCCUCACGGAGCCUGGCUCGGGAUCGGAUGCGUUUUCUCUGAAAACUGUAGCAAAGAAGGAUGGAUCCGACUUUGUAAUAAACGGCACGAAAAUGUGGAUCUCGAAUUCGGACAUUGCUGGCUUAUUUUUAGUGUUUGCGAACGCAGACCCGUCUGUUGGAUACCGAGGUAUCACAACAUUUUUCGUGGACCGAGACACGCCUGGACUGACGGUAGGCAAGCCAGAGGAUAAGCUGGGAAUAAAGGCGUCGGGUACCUGUAUGGUCAACUUCGAUAACGUUAGAAUUCCCGAGAGUAAUAUCUUGGGUAAGUUUGGCCAUGGAUACAAAUACGCUGCUGGAUUCUUAAACGAAGGACGAGUCGGUAUCGGAGCUCAAAUGAUUGGCAUAGCGCAAGGUUGCUUGGACGCCACUAUACCGUACACGUUGGAAAGAAAACAAUUCGGGAAGGAUAUCUUUUCGUUUCAAUCAAUGCAACACCAAAUUGCCCAAGUGGUCACCGAGCUUGAAUGUGCCAGGUUAUUGGUCUACAACGCAGCCAGAUUAGUCGACGCUAAGAAAGAUGUUAUGAAGGAGGCUGCCAUGGCCAAACUCGUAGCUUCAGAAACGGCCCUACGCGUCACCGCGAAAUGCAUCGAUUUCAUGGGCGGUGUAGGAUAUACAACUGACUUCCCUCAAGAGAAAUUCUUCAGGGAUUGCAAGAUUGGUACUAUUUACGAAGGCACCAGCAACAUGCAACUAUCAACGAUUGCCAAAUGUAUUCGUAAAGAAUACACGUAAAAUUUGAUAAUGUUAUCGCGAGAGCUUUAUUUUGUAUUUCAUUCAAUACAUUAUAUUUUUCUACUUUUUCAUAAAGACUUCAUAAACACUUCA